UCAAUAGUUUAUAGGUUGGCUGUUAGGUAAAGUGUUUACAAAAAGUGUUAAUAAGACAGAUACAACAAUACCAUGCUCCCACUCGUGGGAAAAAGGUUUUGGGCAGUCCAAAAAAUAUGAUACGGUACUGUAUUAUGUGGGGUGUAAUUACAGUACCAUUCGAAAUACAGCAAUUCUUUCCCUGCCCACAAACUUUCCCCACAAUGCACCAUCAUUUACAUUAUUUAAACCAUUUCAGAGUAUUUUACUGUUGGUAAUACAAAAAAUGACAUAUAAUUUACCGUUUUCAGUUAGUGUGUGUGUUUGUGUGUGUGCAUGUGUGUAUCUGUCUGAUGGGGGUUGUCAGUAUCUGCUUGGGGAAAGUGGAACAGUGAUUUAGCUGGCCAUGACUGGACUAAGAAGUGGCCUCUUGUUGGUGAACAAUGAAAUAAUCUCACACACAAACACACACUGGCCAAAUAAUCCCUGGUGGCCGAGUGACCCAGUGUGCACAGCAUUUCAAUAACUCAGUGUGUGUGAUAUUGUGUGUUUGUGUGUUGUACUUUGUGUUGUGUCUUGGUGGGGUGUGUGACGGCGUGUGACGCGUAUAGCCCCAAUGCAGAUGAAAGAACAGAGCUCCCCUUGUUGCAUGAUUCAGAACAUGUGUCCAUGAUUGUAGGUAGCUACAGUAUCUAUGGGUGUGUGUGUGUUAGAUUCUGCAGCUGGUGAGGGUGUAUUAGCAGUAGUGUAGUUGUGUAGUGCGAGCAGCAUGAUUAGAUUAAACAAAUUAACUCAAUCACUUACAGAAUAGACCAACUCAAUCAUUCACAGAGUAAACCAAUUCAAUCAUUCACAGAGUAGAACUCAGGUUAUCUGCGCUAUCCUCCCUCCCCCAGCCCACCUCCUCUACCUUUCUGAUCAGGUGACUCCAGGGCGUGACAGUUACUCCCUACUGCUUUCUCUUUGUAUCACUCUAUGCUCUCUUCAUCUCUCCUCUUGCUUUAUCCCUGUCACGCUCUGUGAUACUGUCUAGGGAAAUAGGAGAGAAGUGUUAAUGAGUUAGUUAUUGCUCUGUUACACACAGAGAUCACGUUAGAAACAUGGAAGUGUUUGGAAGGAUCAGGUGUGUGAAGUACCUCAUGUUUAUCUUCAACUUCUUCUUCUGGCUUGCAGGUACAGGAGUGCUGGCUAUAGGGUUGUGGUUGAGGUUUGACCCAAAGACCAGAGGACUGUUUGAAGGAACAGAAUCUCCCUAUGUCUUCUUCACAGGUGUGUAUAUCCUGAUAAUAGCAGGGUUGUUGAUGAUGGUGGUGGGGUUCCUGGGAUGCUGUGGUGCGAUUCAGGAGUCUCCCUGUAUGCUGGGGCUGUUCUUCUUCUUCCUCCUCAUCAUAUUUGCCAUUGAGGUCGCCGCUGGAAUCUGGUGUUUUUCCAACCAAAGCAAGGUGGUUGAUGACAUCACUCAAUUCUACAUGGAGACAUAUCAGAACUACCAGAACACUCGACAGGACACACUGAGGGAGACACUCCGUCUCAUACAGACUGGGUUGGACUGCUGUGGUACAGGUUCCGUUGUGGACUCUGCCAAAGACACCUGUCCCCCAAGAGACGGGCUGGUUAGCCUCAUUACCAAGAGCUGUCCUGAUGCUAUAGAUGAAUUGUUUGACUCCAAGCUGCACAUCAUAGGAGGAGUGGGCAUCGCCACUGGAGUUAUCAUGAUGUUUGGGAUGAUCUUCAGCAUGCUGCUCUGCUGUGCCAUCAGGAAGUCACGGGAGAUUGUCUGAGGAUGUCAUCGUUACCAUGACGGUGGCCGUUAAUGUUGCAUGAUGUCAUUCCUAGUCACAUGAAUUCUGUCAACCAAUAGAGAGGCUGUGUGUUGAGAACGGUCGGCCUGAGCGCUAGCAGCCGUUCAGGUCCACUGGCCAACCAACUGCCAUUUAGUUAGAGCCUCUAACCUCUGUAACAGGAUCUGCUACACCUGGUUCACCUGGCAUUAAGUGCGCAAGGGUUGCAAAAUAAAUAUAAACAUGCAUGUUAUUCAGUAAUUUCAUCCAAACUGCUUGCACGUAUCAACUGGCGUCUGUGUAUCCAGGCACUAAAAUAGAACUUGGUUCUAUUUUAGAUGCUUGAUGCUGCAAGAUCCGCCUCUCCCAUCUAUUCAUUAGUUUUUACGAGCAUACUAACCCACGUGGGUGAUUGAAAGAUGAGGUCCACACUCCAGUCCAGUUGGUGGCAGUAAUGCACAUUCAAGUUGGUUGCCAACCGCCAUAUAAAAUCCACAGAAGAAGAAGGACUAUGAAUGAGGAGAGAUUAAUCAAAGAAAACUAACUAAGAACUAACUAGGUUUUCCUUUAUAUGAGUGGAUUAAUUGUCGAAGUAGAGAACACACGACUUUGUAUGACUCAACUAUGGGUAAAAAUUCUACAAAGGUCCAGCUAAUAAAAAUACCAUAUGCAUUUCAGAAACAGCAAUCUAGCUAAAUGUCUAUGAAUGUUUCAUGUGUGUUUCGACAUGUCCCAUAAUUACUAUAGUUGGUCGACAGUUGAUUUUGGUAUUUUAACGCGUCUGUUAGGGAUAGACAAAAUCAAUGUUGAGCCGGUUUGGUCAGCAUGUAAUCACAGCGCUGCACAAAUCACCUUGGCUGUGUUUGCACAAUUCUGAUCUUUUUAUCACUCAUUUGUUUUUUGACCAAUCAGAUCAGCUCUGAAAAAGAUCUAAUGUCAUGAAGUGAUCUAGAUUAGCUAAUCUGCACAGUGCUUUUCUCAGGUUGUUCCUCUUGAACACAGUGAAUCUGCCCAGUGCACAGGUUGACCCUCCUAAACCAUCAUGAUGAUAACAUCAACAACAUGCAUGCCAGUCUUUCCUGGUUGACUACAACUCAUCCUCUCCGUCUCUUUCUCUACCCAAUUUGAAAAUGCCUUGAAGUCUCUGACUGUUUUUAUCUAGGUGAGUUGUAGUCAGUUUUACAGCAUAUCUAGGUCUCUUCUAGAUAAGAAACUUUUAUAACACCCUUGCCAUCUUACACAAAACAAAUUAGCCAAAUAAAAUGUAACAUCUGAUCUUCA